AUGGCCGUGGGUUCCGCUAUAAACAGGUCCAUAACCCUGCUGUUUUUGGCAGGGACGACCCUGUUGCUCAUUCUGAUCGUGCUUUCGGGCUCGACCACCAACUUCCCCGUCGACCGUUUCUACUGGCUGGAGGCGGACACAACCGGCAUCACCGGCGCUCCUUCAGGCACUUCCCGCUGGACGUUCUGGGGUCUGUGCUCCUACGACUCGUCCAACAAGUUGGUGUGUCCAAAUUUGGCUCCAGCUUACCCUAUCUCGCCUCGUGACAACUUCAAACAGGCUCCAUCCAGCGAGUUGCCUUCCGAUUUUGUCGACUCCCGCUCCACUUACUACUACUUGACCCGUUUCUCGUUCUGUUUCUUCUGGAUCGCACUUGCGUUCAUGGGCGUCUCUUUCUUGCUGUACGCGUUUUCGUGGUGCUCUUAUGGCUUCACCAAGGUGGUUUUCAUGCUUUCCAGUGUGGGCGCUAUCUUUGACGCUGCUGCCGUGAGUUGCCAAACAGCCGCCACUGUCAUGGCUCGCAACACUUUCCACAAGGGUAAUCAUUCCGCCAGCAUCAGUGCCACCCUUCACGGUAUCGCCUGGGCCAGCGUUGCUUGCUCGCUUUACAUUUUCUUUGGUACCGGAGUCACCUUCUUGCGUCGUGCCUACCAGUCUCACAAGGAGUACGUGGAAAUGCAAAAGUACAAGGAACAGGCUUUGAUGUACCAAGGCAAACAAGAGGCCCUACAGCCAGACACCGAAUCCUACCCAAUUCACGACGGUGGUGAGCUCAACGACGCUGGCUUGGUUGCCCCAGGUCCCGAAACUCAACCAGAGUCUCACCACAGUGGCAUCAAGUUUUUCAAGAUCCGUAAAACCCAAAAGCCAGGUGACCAAGAAAGCGUUUAA